AACGAGUUUACGACAGCCGAAAGCGCUGGAGCAGCAGCGGCGCGGCGCCUUCACCAGCGAGCCGAGCAGCAACCACAGCGCGAAGCCGUGCUUCUUCUUCUCUAUCUCGGCCUCUCCCCUUCUCCCCUUGCUGGCGUCGACCAGUGUCCAGCACUCGAGCGACCGCGACCACAUCCUCCUCCUCGAUCUCUUCCUGGGUAUUUGGGCAAGAAUGAGGUGAGAAAGUCAAGGAUUAGGGAGUUCGGUGCAACAAUGUCAGCAUCAACUGAGAAUUGACAGAGAAGAGGGAAUUGGCACUGAAGGUUACGGCAGUGAUGGGGGUUAUUGACAUGAAGAAUAAUGAAUAAGCUUUUAGCUAGAUAUACAUCGAUUUUGCUUCAUCAACACUAUAUACCACGUGUUCAUCUCCAUCAAGUGAUACGACUCAGACUCCGCCACUUUGCCACUAGGUACACAGCAAAGAUCACCUCCACCUCUUCAACAGGUCGGUCUCUUGCCGCUGAGGUUACUGGGCCGCCACCACUUUCAGUUGACAAUAGAGGGUAUCUACUUCCUCGUUAUGACCUAAUUUGUAAAGCAACAAAAAUUCUCCUUCGUCAGCUCCCACAAUCCACAUCCACAACUCUAUCUUUUGAUGACCCUUUUUCAGAUCUCUCUGAUUACCUACACUCACUCUCUAUAACUCUCACCCCCUUGGAAGCAUCUGAAAUUCUCAAAGCAUUGAAAACCCCUUCACUUGCCUUGAGGUUUUUCCAGUUUUGCUCUUCCCUUUACCCAAAUUUCCGUCAUGAGUCCUUCACCUACAACCGUCUCUUCCUCAUCCUCUCAAAGUCAACCUCACCUCACCGUUUUGAUCAGGCCCGUUCAAUCAUUGAUGAUAUGCUUCAACAUGGAGUACGUGGCUCCAUCUCUACCAUCAAUAUCUUGAUUGGGUUCUUUGGAACUGGUGAGGACUUAGAGAGGUGUCUUGGAUUGGUGAAGAAAUGGGAUUUAAGACUGAAUGCCUACACUUACAAAUGUUUGCUUCAGGCAUACUUGAGGUCCUAUGAUUCAGGCAAGGCUUUAGAUGUAUAUAUGGACAUGCAACGGCGUGGUUAUAAGUUGGACAUUUUUGCAUAUAACAUGCUUUUGGAUGCUUUGGUCAAGGAUGAGAAGGUGAACCAAGCAUACAAGAUAUUUGAAGACAUGAAACGGAAGCAUUGUGAGCCUGAUAUGUUCACAUACACCAUUAUGAUCAGAAUGACCGGCAAAAUUGGUAAAACUAAUGAGUCAAUAGCCCUUUUUCAGGAAAUGUUGAAUAAGGGUUGCACUCUUCAUUUGAUUGCUUAUAACACUAUGAUUCAGGCACUUGCUAAGGGCCGGAUGGUUGACAGGGCCAUCCAACUCUUCUCAAAAAUGAUGGAGAAUGAUUGUCAGCCCAAUGAAUUCACAUACAGUGUGCUUUUGAAUGUUCUAAUUGCUGAAGGGCAACUAAGUAAACUUGACACUGUUUUGAAGUUAUCGAAGAAAUAUCUGAAUAGGAAAAUAUAUGCAUAUCUUGUAAAGACUCUAUGCGAAUUGGGCCAUUUAAGUGAGGCUCACAGGAUAUUUUGCAACAUGUGGAGCUUUUUUAAUGAGGGUGACAAGAAUGCUUGUAUGGCCAUGUUGGAGAGUCUAUGCUGCUCUGGUAAAACAAUGGAGGCUAUAGAGCUUCUAAAUAAAAUUCAUGAAAAGGGCAUCAGUACUGAUACAAUAAUGUAUAACACGGUAUUCACAGCUCUUGGAAAAUUGAAACAAAUAUCACACAUUCAUGAUCUUUUUGAAAAGAUGAAACAAGAUGGACCUCUGCCUGAUAUAUUUACCUACAAUAUCCUGAUUGCCAGCUUUGGAAGGGCUGGAAGAAUUGAUGAUGCUAUUAAAAUUUUUGAGGAACUGGAGACUAGCACUUGUAAACCUGAUGUUAUCUCUUAUAACUGCUUGAUUAAUUGCCUUGGUAAAAAUGGGGAUCUUGAUGAAGCUCACAUGAGGUUUAUAGAGAUGCAAGAGAAAGGAUUAAAUCCGGAUGUUGUCACUUAUAGCACACUUAUUGAAUGCUUUGGCAAGACAGAUAAAGUUGAGAUGGCUAGUAGAUUGUUUGAUGAAAUGCUUGCUAAAGGAUGCUCUCCUAAUAUUGUCACGUAUAAUAUCUUACUUGACUGUCUUGAAAGGGGUGGGAGAACUGCCGAGGCUGUGGAACUUUAUGCAAAACUUAAGCAGCAAGGAUUGACCCCAGAUUCAAUUACUUAUGCAGUUCUUGAACGGUUGCAAAGUGGUGGGCACAGGAAGUUUAGAGUUCGUAGGCAAAAUCCUAUCACUGGCUGGGUUGUUAGCCCUUUAUGAAGGUGCAUGCAACAAAAUUUUAUUGUCAAUUGUGGGUUGCUUCUGGACAUUUUUGGGGCUGUGUGCUAAAUCUAUAGCUUUGUAGUUGAUCUAGAAGCUAAAUUAGUAUGGCCAUUUGAUAAUGGGAGCGUCAAGAGGAAUUUAUGCUGGAUGACUGGGGAAUUUUCUACUUCUCCAUUGCAUUUGGAUGUGCCACUUGCCAGGCAUUUGCUCUUUGUUCUACAAGCUGAUUUUGGUUGUCAAGCAAGGUAAAGAUCAUUACUCUUCCUAAUGGCGAAUGAUUAAGAAAGGGAAAAGAGAAUCUGGAGUGAUAUGGUCGAUGGUGGCAGGUAAUCAUUUGUAAAUUACAAAUAAAACCAUCUGUUUAAUUAUGUCUUUAUUACCAUUUACUUUAUUGUUCUCUGCAUGUGUUUAGUCGUAACUUUCUAGGGGGCAUGGGGAAUAAAAUUUUUACUAUUUCUUUUUUUCCCGUGCCUUUAAUUCUAUCGGUACUACAUCAGUGUUCUUAUUAUAAACACUAAUAUUUUUUUGUUCUUUUACCACCACGGUAUUAUGUAUGUGAGGGCUGUUUACUUAUAUUAGUAAUUAAGUUUUUUUAUAUCAAGCAUUUUGACUAUGAUUUGGCCAUUUGGUUUUCCUUAGUCUGCGUUUGGUAUGCACGGAGAUAAAGGAGAAUGGGAGAGGAAAAAAUGGAGUAAUUUAGGUAUAUGUUUCCCAGAUUUCCAUCGAACUUCCUUGCAGUUGUAGGAAUCUGCCUUCCCUCUGCUCAAUGGAAUGGACCAUUUCUCCUGGGAGAAGUAAAAAGACCAUCUUGCCCCUCUCAAAUCCCUCCUCUACAAUUGAACUUUCUACCUUCCUACCUCAUCCUUCUUGAGCCGAUGGAGCUUCAUCUUCCACCAGAGUUCAUAACUUCGACGGAGAAGAGGCCUGGUGCUUUGCCUGUAGAGUAUGUUGGGUUGGGGUCACUUUUUUAAAAUUAGAAGGCUCUAGAGGCAUAGUACAUCUAGCUUCAGUUCUCAUAUAUAUAGUUAUCAUCCUUUUUUAUCUUCAUUGGUUUGAAAUCUCACAAAAUCUGAGCUUGGGUCGCUUUUCUUUUUCGAACUUGCUAUGUUCUGACUGCAUUUGGGUUUUACCCCAUUUGAAUCACUGGGAUUUUGAUCUUUGCUUUUUAUAUUGGGUCAUAUGAUGGCGGAUGAUGCACCUUUAGAUUAUGCUUCAAUUCAAGUUUGCUGCAACCAAAAGAGGUUAGCUUUGAU